CUAGUAGUGAGAGAAAAAGGCUGAAGAGCCAAUUAGGGCUCCGUCGGAAAGUUGCACCCAAAAGGUAACGCCCUGCCUUUUUCUCCCUUUGGUUCUCUCUCUCUCUCUCCACACAGCUCGUCGGUUCCCCAUUCUGCGCUCCAGACCAUUUGGAUUUUAGAGCGUCUUUCGUCAGCCUGACAACUUGCUCAAGACGAAGAUGAUGAUGAAAAAGUAAUUGACUGAUUGAUUCUUCCUGAGCCAACAUUUCCUAUUUUAGGUUUUUGGAUUAUGUUUUCAAUCUUCUGGAGGGUGAAAUUUGAGGAUUUUAGCGUUGCUUUUUUGAGCGUUUCUGGGCCGGUGGAGUGCGAUUCUGUGGAUUCGAGAUGGUUUUCUUCAGGUGAUGAAUUCGGAAGAUCUCUUGUCAACUCUGGCUCUUGUUUGGUGUAGUAUUUCGCUCUAAUUCGUGUGGAACGCAUGGAUGAUUCAUGGCUUUUUAUGAACUAAGGUUUUGGCUUUGAGCCCAGAAAGCAUUGAAUUUUUUCGUGGGUUUUGGAAUCUUGGUACCAGAAUUUCAACUUUUUUGGCUGGCGCUAUGAGCUGCAAAUUUUGGAAGGUUAUGGUGUGGUAGAGAUUUUGGGGGAACUAAUAACGAAAUGGCAGCCGAGUCGAACACAGGGUUUCACCGCGACGAAAGUUUCGGUUCUGCUAUGAAUCGGCACGCGAUAUCGUUUCAGUCCGGGGCGAUAAACAGCACGUCCGAGAUGAUUCCGAUGAGCAAUUACUUUGGGAUGAACAGCACUGGAGACAUGGUGUUUUCUGGGAGUUCUUCCAACAUCAUUAACAACAAUCCUGUGAUAAGUCAGGCUGUGAACCCAUCAGGUUCUUCUCUUGUUCUUGAUUCGGUGCCCGGCCUCAAGCACGACACCGGGUUGGCCGUGGAGUGGUCGGUCGAGGAACAGUACAAAUUAGAGGAUGGCCUCGAUAAGUUUUCUGAUGAACCAAGUAUCAUGAGGUAUAUCAAGAUUGCAGCCACAUUGCGUGAUAAAACUGUUCGUGAUGUUGCUUUGAGAUGUAGGUGGAUGACGAGAAAGCGAAGAAAACCUGAAGAACAUAACAUGGGGAAAAAGGUGAAUAACCGAAAGGAUAAGCUGAUGGAGUCAUCUUCAAAGACCAAUAUACAUUCUUCUUUGCCACUGAACGUUGCUGCAUAUCCCCAUAUAAUGGAUCAUAUGGAUCAGAAUGGGCGCAUGCCUUAUGAAGUCUCAGGAAUAGGUGGUGCAGCAAAGCAUCUCUUGGAACAGAAUGCUCAAGCUUUUAACCAAAUUUCAGAUAAUCUGUCCACAUACAAGUUUCAGGAUAACAUCAAUCUCUUCUGUAAGACGAGAAACAAUAUUUCUGCUAUCCUAAAUGAUAUGAGAGAUAUGCCUGGCAUAAUGAGCCAAAUGCCGCCACUGCCUGAAUGCAUAAACGAGGAUCUUGCAAACAAUAUUUUGCGUAACACAACUUAGCAGACAAAUUAGUGAUCCUGAUGGACAGCCUGUCUAAAAUGUCUGAGCUCACCAGUGUGUACAAGUUCUUUAAUUAACUGGGAAGCCAAGUUAUAUACAUUUGGGGUGAGAUGCACUUGAGGAGCCCUAGCUUAUUUGAGAACUAGACACGGCCUCUUCAAUUUUUGGGCUUCGGAUUUACUGAUCCCUCAUCUAUUGUGUUUCCUCUGCAGUUAGAACUUGUACUGUUAUUGUUGUAUAAAUAAAUAAAUUAUUUUGUGCAUAAGGAUAAUGAUAUAUGAGUAUAGUUGGAGAUAAAUGCACUCUUUAUUAUUUUCAA